CUGUAUUUUACUUGCCGACUAAUGAUUUUCCUACUCAAUCUGUAAAUCUUACGUUUCAUGUCCCCAUAGGUGUUCUUAGUAACGAGUUUUACGCCUUUUAGCGUCUUAAACAUUCCAAAGCAACCCCUCUGGUCGACGUCAUUAAUGUUGUGGUCUCCAUAAGCCUAGAAACAAUCCAUGCCCCCACCAGGUCCCGGUCCUGCGAGGAACCUGAGUCUGAGUAUAACGAACCCUUUGGUUCUCUACCGAGCCCUUGUUGCAACCAAGAAGAUCCGACCUGACCCCGCACAGCAUCGGCUCGCCCUCCAGCUCCAGAAGCUCUACUAUCGUCUCAAGGACUAUGCCCCAGAAGUCGAAUAUAGAUAUCGACUUGAACGAAUUGCUCGAAGAACUGCCGUUGCGAGGAACAACGACGAAUCUGAACGCCAUGGCGCCGAGCAGAGGACGCUGAAACCUUCCAAUGGACACAAAUCCAGUGCUAAGAAGGGUUUUGGGAUUUCUUCCCUGCUCAAUGUUGCUCCUUCCAACACACUCGCCCUGACUCGGACAGAACCACUUCAUUCUUCGGCAGUUGCAAUACCUUCGCCUCAGGGUAUGUUGCUUUAUGGUGAAGUGGGACGAGGCAAGUCGAUGCUUCUCGACCUUCUCUACACUUCACUCCCGUCACGGAAGAAGAGACGGUGGCAUUUCAACACUUUCAUGCUCGACUUGUACCGCAGAAUCGAACAGAGUCGGCGUGAAAGAUUAGAAUUAGAACAAGUAUCUAGCCGUGGCGGGCGACCCUGGCUGCUUUUCGGCAAGGAUUCCGGGGUCAAUGACAACGAACAUGUCAUUCUCAGCCUCGCCAAAGACACUAUUGGAGAUAGCCCUAUUCUGUUUCUGGAUGAAUUUCAAAUGCCUGACCGGACGGCGUCCAAGUUGAUCAAUUCUUUCUUCACAGGCUUCUUCCACCUCGGCGGAGUUCUGGUUGCCAGUUCCAACAGAAUGCCUGACGAACUCAGUAAAGCCGCAGGAAUUGAUUUUGGUCGAAGCGCGUCCAAUGGAUGGGGUACCAGGGGAGGACUUUGGGGUCUUGGGUGGGGUGCUCGCAGGAGCAGCCAGGCGGAGCUCCAAGCAAAGGGUGACUUUGGCCUUUUCCUCGAAGUAUUGAAAGCGCGUUGCGAGGUGUGGGAGAUGGAGGGUGAGCGAGACUGGAGGCGGGAUGAUGGUGUUGAAGGACUCGAGACUCGAGAAGAAGACGACCACCACCCUGAGAGUGAAGCGGUAUCUGCUUCCUGCGAGGACGAUCCAUCAGUCGAAUCGCCACAUGAUACAGGGGAUCAAGUGUCCAGCACUACAACCACGGCGCUGGCUGAUGACGUUCAAACAUCCGCCGACGCUCCUCCUCACUAUCAUGUGUCGGUAGAGUCGACGAAUGCAUCACCUUCAUUUCUUCAACGGGACAUCCUGACCCUCAACCCAUCCGAUACCUGGACACCCAGCACUUUGACCGUCUAUGCACGUCGGCUGAGUCUUCCCCAAACCCACCAAGGAAUUCUCAAGGCCACAUUCUCAGAGUUAUGCGCAACAUAUCUCGGACCAGCUGACUAUGUAUCCCUAUGCUCGACCUUCCACACAUUGAUCCUGCUUGACGUGCCGGUACUGACAUUACUACAAAAGAACGAAGCUCGACGCUUCAUCACACUACUCGACGCUCUAUAUGAAGCACGAUGCCGGCUAUUGAUAGAAGCAGAAGCUCCUCCAGACAAGCUAUUCUUCCCAGAAACAAGAUCACGACUUAAUUCCACCGACGGUGCCGGAUCAGGGCAGCCAAACCUCCUCCCCCUCGACCAAGACCUUGAACAAGAAGACAGCGACUCCAUCACAUCAGAAUCCUUCUCAGAAAUGUACCAAGACUCGGUCGCACCAUUCCGAGCCAACGUCGCUAUUUACACGGAUUCCAACACCGCCACGUCAGUACCAUGGCAUCAACCUGCAUUCACACCAUCCAUUAUUUCACCCUCACUCCGGUCCGUUCUAGCAGACGAAGACGCCGAUUUCGGUCCAACAUACGGAAACGGACGAAGUCAGGGCAUGUCGUCUGGACGAGUCAAUCUAGACGUCGACGGUCCACAGGGUAUGGCGGAACUUGAAUUACGUCAGGGUCCUGAUUUCACACAAACCGGAGCGAUGACUGGUGAAGAUGAGAGAUUCGCUUUCAAACGAGCACGUAGUCGAUUGUGGGAAAUGUGUGGUAAGAAAUGGUGGGAUCAAAGAGCUGAAUCUCAGGUUGGGGUGAAUGAUUGGUGGAGACCGAUAGAUCGAGAGGGGAGAGCGUGGGAACAGUUUGAUAAACUACAGGGGGUGUCGGCGCAGGAGAUUAUUGAUGCUGCUGGGGUUGGUGGUGGUGGUGGUGCUGAUGAGGAUGUUGAUCAUCAUGCGGACACCCAACAGCGGGGCCAGAUCUCUGGAGUUCAAGACAGGGAUGAUACCCUGUUCAAACAUGGUGCAAGUCCUUUUCGCGUCAGUGAGCAGCCGCCACCGAAAUUCGGUUGGCAACAUGCUUGGGGCAUGAUGCAGUGGGGAACGAAAGCCGGUGAAUGGGGAAAAGGCGUGGAAGGGGAUAAAGUGAAAGAUCGAGUGGAUAAUGAUGAUGGUGUUGAACGAAAUGGACCGGGUGGACAUGAUGUGCAGAAGAAUCAGGAUGAGGAGGAGAAGACGACGUCCAAAUAG